UUUUGUUUGAAGAAUUGAAGUUUUGUUUCGAAGUUUGGUUUACACUUGGAAUUUCGUCUCGCUUCUGAGUUCUGUCCGCGAUAAUGAUUGCUACAAUUUUAAUCGCUUUUUCCGGCAUAUCCCGCGCGUGAAUGUGAAAAAAAGUACUUAAAACUCGUGUACAAGUUGUGAUAAACUUAACGUCGAAGUUGGAAAAAGUUUUGUGAUUGUUUCAAAGUUUGGAAUAAGUUUGUGGGAGUGGUUUGUGUUGUCAUGUCUAAGAAAGUUGGUAUCAUCACAUAAACUUGGAUUAUCUAGCGGAGAUAAUAGUUUUGAGAAGAUGGAGCCCAGUUGUGUGGAUGAGCGGGAGGAUGUACAAAAGAAAACGUUUGCCAAAUGGAUAAACUCACAACUUGCUAAGAAUGGAAAACCGUUAGUAGAAGACCUAUUCCAAGACCUGCGUGAUGGAGAAGUGCUGCUGUCCUUACUGGAGAUACUAACCGCACAGCAGUUCAAACGCGAACGCGGUCACAUGCGUGUACAUCAACUCAACAACGUGAACGCUGCGUUACGGGCUUUAGCUGCGGCAGGGGUGCGCCUCGUCAACAUCAGCAGCGGAGACAUUGUCGAUGGCAACCCUAAGCUUAUACUCGGUCUAGUAUGGAGCAUAAUACUACAUUGGCAAGUACACUACCAUCUAAAGGAGUUGAUGUCAGAGUUGCAACAGACCAAUUUGGAGAAAACGCUACUCGCCUGGUGUCGGACACACACGCAGAACUACAUGGGUGUUAAGGUUGAGAACUUCACAUCAUCAUGGUCAGACGGACUGGCAUUUAACGCGUUGCUGCACAGAUGGAGACCACAACUCUUCGACUAUUCCACGUUAUUGCGCUUGACAGCUGCACAACGGCUCGAACAUGCUUUCGCUUUGGCCCAAAGACACCUGGGGAUUGACCGCCUAUUAGACCCUGAAGAUGUGAACACACCAAAUCCAGACAAGAAGUCAAUAAUGAUGUACGUCAUGUGCCUGUUUCAAUCACUACCUCAUGCAAGUGAAGAAGUCGCCCAUACAGAAAAUGCAGAACAAGUAGAGCAUACGGAAGGACCUUCAGACACUGGGGAUGAACAGGCUAGCCCUGUUGAUGCCAAUGCUGAGGUUGGUGGUGGAGGAAGUGCCGCGGCAUCCCGACCGGUAUCAGUAGCAACAACUUGCUCAGUAGAGUUAGGCGCGUAUGGCGCUGCAUUAGAGGACGCGCUUGCCGCUUUAUUAGAUGGAGAAGAGAGAUUAAACGCUUCUCCGCUGCCGGAGGAGGCAGAAGACCAACCAGGCGCAUACCUUGCCGCGCUCAAGGAGCACUUCCAUUCGCAUGAGAAAUUCCUAUUGGAGCUGUCAGAGCAGCAAUGUCGCGUUGGCGCCGUGUUAGAAGAAGGUGCACGUUUAGUCCGAGAACAAGCCUUAUCUAGAGAUGAGGCCAAUGAGGUCCGGCUUCAAAUGCGUUUGCUGAACCAACGCUGGGAGCAGUUGCGUUUAGGCGCUAUGGACAAACAGGCGCGCGUUCACCGCGCUCUGAUGCGGGCGCAACAUCAACAGCUCAAUGCAUUUCGGCAAUGGCUGACAUCAACCGAGGACCGCAUGUCUCGCAUGGAGACGGAGGAGCAAGCCUCGGGGCCAGAUACCGCGUUAGAGAGCACGGUCGCGCUACACGCGGACCUUCGGCGUCAGCAGCCGCUCGUCGACGCGCUCGCCGACUGCGUGCUCGUCGUCGACGACGAUGACGCGCACUUGGCCAGUGUAUCAGAAAUCGAGGACCAACUGCGCGCUUUAGGCGAGCGUUGGUCGCACGCUUGUCAGUGGACGCUCGCCCGCCUCGAGCGGUUGCAGCGCGGCGCGGCGCUCGACCAGCAGAGCACGGAGUUACACGAACAAGUGCAUACUCUUGAGGCGGACCUAAAACAGAUGGAAGCAUACCCAGCGAGCGAGAUCGGCGAAGUCCUCGAACGCAUUUCAGCGCUGCAGCGCUGUAGUUCUUCACUAGCAAGUCAACGACGUGGACUCGCAAUGCUACAGCAGCGCUUGUCAGCGAUUGAAGGGACGGAGCGGUUAGCGGACAGUGCUGACGCCUUGCACGAUAGGCUUGAUGCUUUGGAGUUGAUACUUCGAGUGCAAGCUGAUAGAAUAAAGGAACUAGGUUUUGAAUUCGAUAUCACGACGGAAUCUAGUGCCGAUGGUACCACCACCAUAACUACCACGACUACGACGUUAGAACUCGACCAUCGAACGAAGAAGCCACGACUCAGUGACAAAUCCAGCGCGGACUUCCAGAUUGGGUACAAAGUGUUUGACAACUGGGCUCAGGCUACUGAGAAGGCCCUUGCGGAUUGUAUGCGAGAGCUAAGCGAAGGAUCGAGCGACCAGUCUCGCGACCAGUCGCGCGACUCAGCGCGUGCUUUACUACAGCGCGUACAACGUGAGAGCGAGGAGCAACGCGCGGACUUUGCUAACGUUGAGGAGAUACAGAGGCGAUUAGCUGCCGAUUCUUCUCUCAGAGAGGAAGCGAAACAACACGCGGACAGUAUAGAGGAACUUAAAAAACGAUGGGAGGGCAUCCAAGAGACCCUCCUUAGCAUACGAAACAUGAUGAAUCUUCUAGAAGAUAAAGAGAACUUCUACAAGAACGUGGAAGGUUUGCAGAGGGAACUUGACGACGUCCAUAAAUGGAAAGACAAGAUGUUAAAGGAACCACCUUCUAAUAACCAAUUAAUACACUUACGAAACCGAAUACGUGCAGUCAAACAACUAGAGAUGAAACUCAAAGAAUUGAACGCACAAUCGAUUAUACUACUCACGAAAUCGAUAUCGAAAUCGCACAAAGACGAUAUCGAGAGGGAUGCGAAACGAAUAAACGAAGAUUUCGAAGAGCUAUUGUUAUAUCUAAGCAAAAGAGAAGUUGAGAUUAAAAUAGCUUUAAACAAAAGAACACCAACCGCGCAGAGUGAAGAUGACUAUAAAACUGUCCAAAAGAAAAUUCAGGAUAUGGAGUCCCAAAUUAUUGCAGAACAUGCAAUCAUAUCUUCAAAGGACGAAAUGGCGAAAAAGUUGGAGGAUUUAAAACAAAUGCGGAAGCAGUUCGACGAUCUACAAUCCUCUUAUGAUAGUGUUGUGAAACAGAAAAGGGAGAAGUAUGAAAAAGGAAGUGUUGAGGAGUUGAACUUGAGGAGCAGCCUUGAGAAUCUGGUUAUGAGGUUCUCGGAUUCUAAGACGAUUUUGGAGCAGAAGAUAAAUAAAAUAGAUAAAGCCAUAGAGCUACUAGACAAACUGGAUGUAGAACAACGAGAGUUGACCCAAUGGCUAGACAAGGUGCAAGCAUUUGUGGACAGCAAAUCAGUCCCUUUUGGCGAUGUACAGGAGUUGGAAAGGCUAUUGGAUACUAGCAAUAAAUUCUAUGACCAACAAGCCGCCUACAAACAGAAAAUGGAAAGCAUUGAAGCAACCAAAGAAACAAUACUAGAAGACUGCGAUGAAACCCUAUCCAAAACGCUAAUAACGGAUGUCAAAGAAUUGCGAAAACGAUACGAAACGCUUACGGAAACCUCUCUUAAACUUAACGAGGGUUUAAGAAGGGCUUUGGAGAAGUCUGAGGGAUUGUUCCGUAGGAUUGACGAAAUGGAGAAAUGGUUAGCGGAUCUUGAACAGGAAAUGCCGAAGGAAGAUGAGUGUAACAUAACUGAUUCAGCUGAGUUGUAUCAGAUGAAGACGCGGUUCCAGACUUUGAAGGAUAAGUGUGAUGAUAAGACGCCAGAGUUUAGGAAUUUGAACGAAGAUGGAAACGAAGCGUUACUUGCUGCGGAAAGUGCUCCAGCGUUGGCUAGACGUCUAACACAACUCAAUGCGGGUUGGACGCGGGCUACGCAUUCUGUAUAUGAGAGAUAUAAGGUGCUAGCAGAGGCCUGGCACGAAUCAGGCGAGUUACGCGCUUGGUUGGCUCAGCAAAGCGCUUGGUUAGACGGCUUACAACGACGACUGACCAAGGAGACAAGAGCAAGAGCUGAUGCUGAGGACAUCUCUGACGAGCUUUAUGAUCUAGAAAACUACGUGUCCAACCGCAGCGAAGAGCGAAUGUCUCGUAUCGAGGCAGUGGGACGACAGUUGGCGGACGCUCACAUCAUGCCCAACUGGAUCAGAGCCGAGAUCGAUGCGCUCACACGACGCUGGGAGUCGCUGCAGAAACAGGCGGCUGAUAGAACCGCGGAGUUAGAAGCCGCAGCUCGAGAGGCGGCGCGAUGCGAAGUAUCGCUUGACAACUUACAGCAAUGGUUGACUUCGGUGCAGAACAGGGCCUUUAGAGACGACCCUCUAGAUGAACAACAGUUGCCCGUGGAGUUUGCAGCACAACGCGAAGUGUUGCGUGAGGUCGAACAACAAGUUGAGGCGUAUCGCGAAGCGGGCAAACUGGAGGCGGCCGACCGUUUACGCGACCAGCUAGACCAUGUCCGGCGCAACCUAAACGAAACCGAAGAACAGCUUAAAAUAUUGAAGAAAGAGCAAGACGAGGACUCAAACAGCGUUACUGAAGCCGGAACAGAAUCGGAGUCAGAAGCUGUGCGACUUGCGACAAGAUUGACGCGUGCGACUGACGCGUUGCGGGAAGUUCAGCGCGGCGCGACUGCUGCGUUGUCUCUACGCGCCGCGGAUCCUGAUGCGGUUCGCGCUCAGCUGCGGACUUGCCUUAGAUUCUACCGCACGCUAAGCGAAAUCAAAUCGGAAGUUGAGUCAAUAAUAAAAACCGGCCGUAAGAUGGUCGAAGAGAAAGCCGUACCAGGACCACAGGAGUUUUCCAAAAAGAUUGACAUGUUAAAAGAGCUUUAUAAUAGACUCGGGGCUCAUGUCACUGAAUCAAAGACCAAGUUGGAAACUGCCUUAUUAACAGCUAGGGAGAUACAAAACGACCUACAAUCCCUUACGUCCUGGCUUCACGGUCUAGGCAAUGUCGGCAAACAGACUCUAGAACUAGAAAUGUCCAGAAUGGAAGCUAUUAAGGACAAACUUAACGCAAAUUACGUAGAAUUCGGCAAAAAUUGCGAUCAGGUUUACUUAGAAAGUCUUCGCGAGCAAAUCGACGAUAUUAACACGAGAUGGGAUAACUUAAAACGACAUGGCUUAGGAAAGAAGGAAACUGAAGUGGAAAGUCUUCAAAGGUACUUAAAUGAUAUAGAACAGGAGUUAGAAUGCCCUGAAACUUUGUCGACGGCGAAACUGAGGUUACUUAAAACUGAGGUUCGAGGCAAAGCGAGCGAUGUAGACGCUAUGGAUAGCAAAGCGUUGUCCAAACAGUGGGAGAGGAUAUUGGAGAAGAUAACUGCCGCAACAAGUAUAAAUGACAAAGAAUCGACGGUAAUCGAAUACGAAAACGUUACUGACACUAUUAAAAGACGAUUAGAAAGUCCAGUGAAUUCACCUGAAACUGAGAGACCUGAAUUUAAAAAGUCCAGAAUUCCUCUGGCUUUGAAAAGUCCCGUUCCAAUUAAAAAAGACGUCAAAGAAGGCGGUAAUAGAAGUAGAGGAUCUUCAUUAGAACGACGUAAAAAGAAAGCCGAUAGUCCAAUGACAGAUAGCAUCACAAGUACUAUGUCGACGGAUUCUAUGGAAGGGUCUAUGUCUUUAAUGGGUUCCGUACCAUCAACUCCGGAAACGUCGCGGAAGGACAGUAGCACUUUUAAUUUACUAAAGGACAGUGAUUUGUUUACGCAAAUAUCAAAAAACAAAAUAGAGCCAAAACCACCUCUUCCCCCAAAAAUGGCAAAACAAGAAAAGUGUCACGUUGUAGAAGUUAAAGAACACGAGAUUGUCAAAUCCACCGUCAGCCCCAUAGAGCCAAUGGAAAUAUAUCCAUGUGAUACUGUUGAAACCGUCAUGGAGUUUAUCCCUCAAACUGUAGAAACUGUCAAUAUUAUUGAGGACACGGAGAAUGAAUCUAUCGAAUCCGACGAAGAUACGGAUUCGAAACGGUCAUCGGUCGACUUGGGAACUGAACCGAAAACUUUUGUUGUUGAAGUGAAAACGUUUGAACAGCGAAUGAAACCCACGCUCGGGAUUCUAAAACGCAGAGGUGUUAAUGACGUAGAGAAGGCUAAAGUCAUGAAAGUGUCUAUAGCUGAGGUUCCUGAUCUAAUACCAGCUUCAGAAACGCAAGAACAAGACGUGUCGAUGAGAACACCGCCUCCCACACCUUUCGAAGAAGUUAACCUGGAAUGUCCUUUGUUGUAUGAUCUUGCAGUAAGACAGACCGAAGCUCAGAAGCAUUUGUUGAGGGAUGAAGUCAACGAGUACUUGAUUUUGGACGAAGUGCCUAAAGACCAGGCAGCGUUGCCAGAACCUUCUGCUACUGAGACGUUGGCUUCAGAUAAAGUGGAAGAUUUACAUGCUGGUAAAGCUACAGAAAUAAAGAAAGGAGACUCUGAACAUGAAUAUGUUGAGAAUAAACCAUUGGGUAGUGUCGCGGAAGAAGAAGUCAUAUAUUCAGAAGUUGAAUAUGCAACGCAGGUCCGUCUGUCAUCAUCGGAAUUCGAUGUGAAAGAACCGUUGUCCACAUCAACACCAAUAAAAGACGACAAAACUAAGAAACAAGUGCAAGUAGUGGCCAUGUCUCCCAAACCACCUCAAGAGGAUGAAGUUCCUCCAUCGCCAAAGACUAAGACCUCCGCUAGUCCACUGUUGGGACUCAAGUCACAGAUACCUGUAAAAGAAAAGAUGACCUUGAACGAAAAGUAUCAGCGCACGGAUGAUUAUUCACAAGGAUCCAAAUCCGAAGUCACAGACGACGAUAUAAGCGAGACCUCAGAAAUUAUCGAGGUGACAUCAGAGUUAAAGAAACGGUUCCCCACCGCCUGCGACGAAGAACUGGAACGGUUUGAAGCAGCGGCGGAACGUAUGGCGCGUCGGAUGCACGUCAUGCUGCUCACUGUUGGCGGCGUGGCCAGUGAACGCGAUCCUGCUAAGCGACUUGAGAUCCUAAAGAACCAAUUAGGAGCCGUAGCGCCAGACGCGGCAGCAUUAAUAUCACGCGGAGACAGUCUAGUUUACGCCAAACACAAAGAUAAUCCACAGUUAGCAGAAUACCUCCAAACACACUUCCAAGACAAACUACGCAACAAAUGGUCCAUGGUCAUGUCUGAAAUUGAGACCAAAAGAAACGCUGCCCUCAAAGCAGAAGACGAUGUCAAAGAACUAACCAAUCUUAUAGAGUCUAUCCAGAAAUGGGGGGUAGGCAAAGAUUAUGACAUGAAGAAACAAAAUGGUGGCGAAAAUCUUAAAUCGGAACUACUCGAUCGGGAGAAUGAUUUGGAAAGGAUACAGGAUCUGUGUCGGGAGUUAAGGGUACAGAGGGUUGCGUUCCCGGAAAAAGCUGCUACGGAAGUGGCAACUAUUGUUGGCAAGAUAAGAGACGCAUAUGAAGCCACCGCGCCGAAGAAGGAUAAGAAGAAAUUGGAUACAUCCGAUGCUCGCAACGGCGAGUUCGUAACCCGUACCAACCGCGCCCGCGAAGCUAUUACCACUAUCAUGACUGCGCUCCGAUCGCCUCCGCUCUCCGGAAAGGACUACGAUGAAUUCCCAUUACAAGAGGACGCUUUGGCGAGGAUAAAAUCAUCAAUGGAGGACGUACAAUCCCAAGUGGAAGAAAUAGAGAGUUCAUACUCUUGGGCUGCACGAAAGUCUGGUGCGGAGCAAGUGCGUCGCGUACGGGAUAAGUUGGGUACUGAGUGGAGCACGCUUCUGGACGCUUACAGAGAUCGACAUGAAAGAUGGUCUCGUUGCCAAACAUCAUGGGCUGCAUUAUACGCGGCGUUGGAAAAGGGAGGUGAGGCAUUGGAUUCCCUUGAACGUGAGCUGGAUUCCGCCGCGGAAAAUGUCACUUCGCAACAGUUGGAGGAAUUGGAGAAACAGGUCCGAGCCCGUCAACGCGAAGCCAACGAAAUAACAGCAAUGGGUCGGGCUGUGGUUCGUUUGUGUGGAGGCACCCUAGCCAACGCUAUUCGCGAACAACUCGACGCGCAUCACUUGAGAGCGAGGCAUGCUGCGUUCGCUCUAAAUAAACUGCGGGACAAGUGUUCUGAAUCCGAGAAAAAGGCAAGCAGCGAAAAGAGUAUGAGCGGCGCAGAGGCGGCUUUACACAGCGUACGGGAACUACUGUUGACUACCAGCGCCAACCCUUCUGAUCACACCAGCCUGGCUAUUAGACUGAGCCUUGUCAAGGCUCGAGAAGAAGAGUUGGGCCGCGCUGCACGCGAGGCAGAGUCGCAGAUACGAGCAUCGCCCGACUCGCCUGAUGCACGCCGCUUGAAAGGUGUUCGCGACGAACUAGAAAAGGCCCAAGGAAAUCUCUCAGUUCACGCUGAAUACGUGAAAAGUAAACUAACGGCUCUGGGCAAAUACACGACGCGUCUGGACGCAGCACUUGCCUGGGCCAUGGAGACUCGGGCUCGACUGGCGUUGGCAGAUAACUUGCCCAACGCUGCCUCAACGGAUUUAGACACUAUAAUAAAGGACAAGGAAACAGAAAUUCGCGAAGUUCUCGAAAACUACAACAACAUAGAACGCGAAUGCGUCGCCGCGAAACAGACAGUUUCGCCCGAAGUUCGCGAGCGAGUCCUCAAGCUGAAGGAAGACUGGGCGUUCAUUCGAGAAGCUUCCAAACCUAAGGUUCGGGAAGAAUCGCUCCAAACUCGGGCGCCUUCGGUCCCUAGAGCAGGAAGCCUGUCGGAGAGCGAGAAGUCUUCAGAGAGUCAGCUAGAGUGGGGCGCGCGGGUGGGGUCGCGGCGUGGCACGUCGCUGAGCUCGCCCGCCGCGCUGCUCGCGCACUUCGACACCAGCGUCUUGCAGAUCCGUGACUGGCUGUCGGUGGAGGUGGACAUGCUGCGCGCGCAGCCGGUCGCCGUCGGCGAUGUCGACGACAUUUUGCAGCAGCUCGACAAGCAAAAGGGUGUACUCCGGGAGCUGGAGCAGAAGAAGCCGCAGCUGGACGAGCUGCUGCACACGGCGGAGAGUCUUAAAGGCACGGAGAAUCGGCAGCAACUACACGGAAAAGCUGAUAUAACCGGGUUUCCGGUCUCAAAGACCAACGCUCAAUUGUUGCACUUAAGGUCUCUAUUAAAAGUUACAGCGCUGCGAGAACACUGGGAUGAGGCGAAUGCCCGCGUGCUCCAACGCAAAGCUCAGCUCGAUGCGAUGCUGGGCGAUUCCCAGCGAUACGAAGCGAGACGACGCGACGCGGACGCCUGGCUUACGCGCAUGGAGACGCGUCUGGCCACCAUGACAGCGCCCGGGCAUACUGCUGAUGUGCUGGAGAUGCAGCUCAGAGAACAAAAGUCGUUCCAUGCUGAAGUGCAUCAAUACAAGCAUCAGAUCGAGCUGUUCGGGCAGCUGACCCAGCGCCUCAUCGCCGUGUAUCGCAAUGACGAUACCACACGCAUCAAGCGCGCCACCGAAGCCAUCAACCAUCGAUACAAUGAGCUGAACAACAGCAUUGUGGCACGUGGAAAAGCACUCCAUUCAGCGGUUUCAUCGCUGCAGAACUUCGAUCGUUCAUUGGAGAAAUUCGUCGCAUGGCUGAGUGAAGCGGAGUCGUUGCUGGACGCGGCUGAACGGGACCCACAUCUGCUCAAGGACCUCCAAUCAGAGAUCGAGACGCACCGAGAUGUCUACGCCUCUCUCACGGGGACGGGGCGCAGGCUGCUGGGCUCCCUGUCUUCUCAGGAAGACGCUGUCAUGCUGCAAAGACGACUGGACGAGAUGAACCAGCGAUGGCACCACCUCAAGGCGAAGAGUAUGGCCAUCAGGAAUCGUCUGGAAAGCAACGCGGAGCACUGGUCGGCGUUGCUGCUGUCACUCCGGGAGCUCACCGAGUGGGUGAUCCGGAAGGAGACCGAGCUGAAUGCGCUUGCGCCGCCUAGAGGCGACCUAAACGCACUCAUUAAACAGCAGGACGACCACAGAGCGUUUAGAAGACAGCUAGAAGAUAAACGGCCAGUGGUCGAGAGCAACCUACUGAGUGGCAGACAGUAUGUUGCCAACGAACCUCCGCUCUCUGACACCAGUGACACUGAACCAAGCCGCGACAGCGAAGGCGACUCCCGCAGCUACAGGUCUGCAGAGGAGCAGGCUCGCGAUUUGGCGAGGUCGAUACGCCGUGAAGUGGCCAAGCUAGCUGACAAGUGGAACACCCUGGUGGACCGCAGCGACGCCUGGGGACGGUGCUUGGAUGAUGCUGUACAGCGCGUCCGGACCUUCACGACAUCGCUCGACGAAUUAGCAUCGCGGGUGCAGACUGCAGAAGCUGCCAGAGCGUCAUGGCGAGCUCCUGGAGACGCAAGAGAUGCGCGAGCGCAGCUAGACGCGGUAUCCCGAGCCAGGGCACAGCUACCGCCCCUGAAGAGGCUGGUGGAUGAGCUCAGAGGCCAAGCGCAAGCGAUGGCAAGGGAUAACGUCCAGUUACCUGAACAUUUGGUUGCGAGACUUGAGGAUUUGAACACAAGGAUAUCAGCUUUAACUUCUGGUGGUGAAGAGCGGGCAAGACAGCUUGCUGGAGUGGCUAGGGACGGUGGAGCGGGUGCUGCCCAAGGUUUCCUCGCUGGAUCUGUGCGUACCCCCUGGGAGAGAGCUGUCACGCCAGCUAACGUACCGUAUUAUAUUAACCAUGAAUUGGAAACGACGCACUGGGACCAUCCAAAGAUGAUUGAACUGAUGAACUCACUAGCUGACCUGAACGAAGUUCGGUUCUCGGCGUACAGAACUGCCCUCAAACUUAGAACUGUCCAGAAGGCACUUUGCAUGCACAUGCUACAGUUACCAGCUGCAUUGGAAGCGUUCGACUCGCACGGUCUUCGGGCGCAGAAUGACCGCCUGAUCGACAUCCCUGACAUGAUCACCGUUCUUACCUCCUUAUAUGAGGUGAUAGCAGCAGAAAAUCCAAGUUUAGUAAACGUGCCUCUGUGCCUGGAUCUGUCGAUCAACUGGUUGCUCAACGUGUACGACAGCCAGAGGACCGGCCAGAUCCGUGUGUUGAGCUUCAAAGUUGGCCUAGUGCUGCUGUGUAAGGGACAUUUGGAAGAGAAAUAUAGGUAUUUGUUCCGGUUAAUCGCCGACCCAUCAUGUCGUGCUGACCAAAGAAAACUGGGACUUUUAUUGCACGAUUGUAUACAAGUACCGCGACAACUGGGCGAAGUAGCAGCGUUCGGAGGAUCGAACAUUGAACCCUCAGUGCGCAGUUGCUUUGAGCAAGCCUCCGUCGCUACGAAGGAGGGCAAUAGAGGAAGCACGCUAGACAGAAAAACAGUAGGUGAAAAAGAGAAAGAGAAAGAAGACACCAAAGAGAAGACUCUUGAAAGGGAUGCAGACGGGCAACUUCAGUUCAUAGAAGCGUUCCACUUCCUGCAAUGGUUGCAGAAGGAACCACAGUCCAUGGUGUGGCUUCCAGUGCUGCACAGACUGGCGGCAGCGGAGAGUGCUAAACACCAGGCCAAGUGCAAUAUAUGCAAGGAGUACCCCAUUGUUGGAUUCCGGUACCGCUGUCUCAAGUGUUUCAACUUUGACAUGUGCCAGAAGUGCUUCUUCAACGGCCGAAAAGCCAAAAACCACAAACUCACGCAUCCUAUGCAAGAAUACUGUACUGCUACAACAUCUGGAGAAGAUGUUCGUGACUUCACGAGAGCUCUACGUAACAAGUUUAAAUCAGCGAGAUACUUCAAGAAGCACCCACGAGUUGGAUACUUGCCAGUUCAAACUGUUCUUGAGGGCGAUGCAUUAGAAUCCCCGGCGCCGUCACCACAGCACGGCGCGGGUACAGGCGCAGGGGCGGACGAUAUGCACUCGCGCCUGGAGCUGUACGCCUCGCGCCUCGCUCAGGUUGAACUGGGUGCUAGAGCUGCUGACACCCCUGAUAGCGAUGAAGAGCACGCGUUAAUAGCCCAAUACUGCGCGUCCCUCAACGGCGCUUCAGAGGGAGAGGGUGAGGACGCGCCUCGCUCGCCUGUUCACGUUGUAUCCGUCAUACAUCGCGAGCAGAGACACGAACUUGAAGCCAUGAUCAGGGAGCUGGAGGAGGAAAACGCGAGCCUCCAAGCGGAGUACGAGCGGCUGAAGGCCAAGCAGACCCCGGGCUCCACGCCUGAGGAGCAACAUGCGCACGGCGACGGCAGAAAUGCUCCUGUUGACCAGGACAUGAUGGCUGAAGCCCGUCUGCUGAGGCAGCACAAGGGCCGACUGGAAGCUCGUAUGCAAAUCCUGGAGGAGCACAACCGACAGCUGGAGGCGCAGCUACAGAGACUGCGCAGACUCUUGGACGAGCCGGCAGUGACGGGCGGCGCGCAGGGCUCGCCAGGUGCACGUACCGGUACGCUACAGACGCGCUCCGUCACCGCGUCGCAGCUAGCCACUGACUCGCCCGCUAAGCUGCACAACGGGCUUUACCAUGAUACCAAUGGCGGGCGAGCUGAGCGCGAGGCGCGCGACAUGGAGCGGCCGCCGCCGCCGCCGCACGCCGUGCACUCGCUCAUGCACUGCGCAGAUGACCUUGGCCGAGCUGUCGAAGAACUUGUAUCAGUAAUGACGGAGGAUCAAUCCCAGAAUCCAAACGCACCUCCCCAAUACACCAACGGGAAACCAGAAGAGAAGGACAAAUAGGUUUCCACUUCGAGAACAUUCGAUCCAACGCGCUAUGGUGCUGAAACGGGCAAAUGUUGCCAUAACAUAUUUCAUGGUAGCAUUUUGCUACCGUUUUUUUUUUUUCGCUUUAGCAACACUGCUGAAUUAUCUACUAAACCUACCAAAGAUACAACGCUUUAUUUACCCUUGAAUAUGAUUUUAUAUUGCACAAUUUUAAACUUUUUCUUUUGUAUACAGUUUUAAACACAAUUCUUGUUUACACAGUAAUUUUUAAGUACUAAUUUUCGACUCAUCACUAACAAUACUAGCACGUGCUUAUCUGUACAAACUUAAAACCACCAUUUCUUAGUUAUGUCACACAAAUUCCUUUGACUUCUUACUCCUUCCGUACUUUUAAGUUACUUUUUUCCGUAAAUGGGACCUUCUCUAAUGUGUUACUAUUUUUUUUAAUAAUAUUUUUAAAAAACUAUAGUUUUUAAUAUUAGUGUCUGUGUAAAGUUAUCUAUGAUAUUAUUAAUUUUAAAAGAUGUUCUAUAUAAAAAGCCGCGUUGAAUUAGUUAUAAAUUAUAAUACCUACAAUUAUUGUGAUUCCGUAUCACUCCUUCCUUUCCUUCCGUUAAGAUGUCUGUCCACUGGAGUGUCAUUACCCUCCAGUGGACAGCUCCAUUGAGCGGAGAAGUGUUCAACCAACAAUCUGAUUACAUAAAGAUGACAUAAUAAAAUUGAUACAUCAUCUAUCAGUAAUAGGUUUGUCUGUUAAAAACAAUAAUAUAUCAGCUCCGCUUCAGUCACCAGGGACCUUAAAGUGUGAUGUAAUUAAAAUAUGGUUCCGAAAGGCUUAACUUCAUGUCCAUUCUCCUAUUUAUUAACAGAACCGAGCUUUCUAUAAUUUAGCGGGUCGCGGGAAUUUAUUUCCUUUGGAUCGGAGCCUCAAGUUGAUCAGUUGUUCAGGUGAACAAACUUAUGAUAGCUACGGUUACGAAUAGACGAUAUUCGUAUGCAACGCUUAUUGUAUAGAUAAGGGCAUGCCAUUGUUGCAGUACGUAUCGUGAUCGAGUCGUAAUCUUAUUUCAUUUUUACCCUUUUCUACCAUUUAGUAAUAUUUCCUCAAAUUUUCUACCAAAUGGUAGCAUUUUUUCUCCCCUGGUAACUCAGCAUUGAUGCUAAAGCGAAGCGAUUCAACGAAAAAGACAUUGUAACGAGCAUUUACUUGUACUUUACUAAAAAAUGUACCAAACUUGUCAAUACUAAUAAUACUUGCGAGAAAACUUUUUUAUUGAUCGUUUAAGUACAUAUCUAUUAGUACAAUUUCCAUAUAUCAUAUCACUUCUUGUAAAUUGCCAUAUCAUUUUUUGCUGUAAAAUAAAAAUACUGAUGCGAUAAAAAAUGACACGUUUGAAAAAACGCGUAAACGCCAUUUUAGAGCGAAACGAGAUGUUUUUGAACGACAAUUUUCAUAGUCUAAAAGCUGGCGAACGAUUUGUUUAAAGUGUUUAUACGGCUUCAAAUUUUACAUUAUAACGGCGAUGGGUGACUUUAUCAGCGAUAUUAAUUGCUCUAAUAGAUUUCUAAUAUCUGUAUUGUAAGUAUAAAAUAAAAAUUGUUUUGUAAAAUUUGGACCGCUGAAAUCACUUGCCAGCUUCUAUGGCAGCUUAAAAGGGCUAUAAAGCUUUAAAUACAUAUAUUAUCACAAUGUUAGCUUUAAUAUACCCUAUGUUGACAUUAUUGAUUGCAAACCGGUAAAUUUUACCAAAAACGCGACGUAAGGGCCUACGUUUUAGUGGAAAGUGUAUUGUUAUUAGGUGAAGUCCCGUUUUUCAACGUACAAUAUUAUGCCAUUCCCAAUAUGGCCGUAGUUAAAGAAUUCGUUAAACGGUUUUGCAGUAGUAUUAGAUGUAGCCAAAUAAAUAUCGAGCAUGUUAUUUAAUAUACGUUCCCUUAAAAAUUUCCAACUACGUAAAAUGCCAGAAACUACAAAUUCAUCAUUCCCUGAUGUACAUUCCGCCAUAAUUUACAAUAUUACCUACUCUUAUUUGACUGUCUAAAUUCAGGCUUGAAAUACUCACUGAAUAAAACUUAAAUUGUUAUAUAAUACUUAAUUGGAAAUAUUUAAGUGAAUACAUCUUAUGUGCAUAUUAUGUGUAUGUUACAUAUAUCGAGUUAUCAAAAAAUGUAUCGUUAGAUGAAAAAAUAUAUGAAUAAUCCAGCUUUCUACUUCAUUAGUCACUUUCUGUUAACUAUCGAAGUCUGAAAUAGUAGGAAACUCUUCUUAGUGGCUAUGGAAAUCAUGUAACCAAUCUUUUUUCACUAUUACAAAGGCAUUACACCUUUCUUCCUGGCGUGAACAUAGCCAGAGAUUUAUGAGGUGAGUCACGGGAGAGGUCUAGUAAUUUCUAAUUUUUUUUGUUAUAUUCAGGCUACCUGAAUUAAAGAUCCAAUAAUAAAAAUCGCAAAGUUUUUUUUGUUGAUUAAUUUUUUUUUGUAAAAAAAAUAUAACUAUGUGUAUAAACUAUUCAGAUUUUGUACAGAAUAUUAAUUGAACAUUUUUUUUUUAUCUUAGCCGCAGAAUUUGAAUUUUUUUAUACAAAAUAACUAACUAUCUAUCAAAUUUAUACCCAUUCGAAUAAAAAUGACAAGAUUGUUAUGUGUAGUGUGUAUGCUUGAGCUGAAUCGCGGCUCAGAGAUGGGUCGUGAGUAACCGUGCUCCCCUCCUGGCUAUGUCCACGCUCCCUAGUUAUAAUUGAAUGCGACAAUCUCUAUGUCCCAUUCGUAUGUUCGGAUAUUUUGUAUCGUGUCUACUUGUAAGAUGACGCCUACCUUUUUUAGAUAAGAUUAUAUUGGAGAGAUGACUUUUAUACGAAUGUUAAGUAAACUGUUGACGCUAACUUUACAAUAAGUACUUCCAAUUAACCAUAUCAAUAUUUGUUUUAAUAUUCGGCCAAUAUUGUUUGAAUAGUCACAAAAUAUAAUAUUUCAUUAUUCAGAUAAAACUUACAUAAUAAUAUGAUUAUAACAAAAAAAUGAUUCUAUAAAAUUUGUACAAUUGUUGACGAAGCUUUUUGGUGACCGUUCUUCGAAGUCCGAAGUACUUAUUCAAAACUGGAAUAAAAAUAAUUGAAUUCGGAAUAUUAUACUUUGUGUCUAUUUUAUUCAGUACGUACGGUUUUUUUUAAAUUUGGUAAGUAUAAUUUUUUUUAACUGGCAACUCGUUAUGAAUUCCGUUCCGUUCCACGACGGUAUUCUAGUUUUAAUUUGGCUAAUAUAUAUAAUAUUAUUAUUAUUAUAGAUUUUAAGAAAAUAUGAAAAGCACAAUUUAUUACUUAACGAAUGAAGAAAAAAAAUGUUAUUAAAACAACACUAAUAUAUUGUUAAUAAUUUUAUUGUAUUUGUUUAACGUGUAGGACGAGUUUAUUUCUCUUUUUUGUUCAUAAGUAUUGGCAAAGUUAUAUAAAAUAUACUACUUUCGCAUUUAUUUGUAUAUUUUUACUAUGUUUAUAAUGUUUUAGAAGUUAAAUCCAAAUAAACGUUCUGCAUAGUAUUUAA